CGUACUGGGCGCUUUCUUCCCGUCGAGUUGUAAAGUCACAUGACACACAUGUCAGAGGGAAGCAUGGCGGACAUGCAUGUGUACUCUGAAAACAAACUACUUCGAUAUUCCAGCUAACCCAACAGCGAAGACUAUCGUUAGGGUGCGUGUGAAACCGGGCUGAAGACACCGCAAUGGACGGAGAAGUCAAACUCCAGUUUCCGUCUCUGCCGGCGACAAAGGAAGACCUGGACUGGGCUUACCCAAUGAGACGAGAUAUGCAGGAGAUUUUACCAGGACUGUUUUUAGGGCCUUACUCUGCUGCAAUGAAAAGCAAGCUGCCAAUUCUUGAGACGCAUGGUAUAACCCACAUUGUAUGUGUCCGCCAAGAUAUCGAAGCCAAUUUUAUCAAACCCAAUUUCCCUCACACAUUUAGAUAUUUGGUGUUGGAUAUUGCUGACAAUCCAGUGGAAAAUAUAAUCCGCUAUUUCCCUAUGACUAAAGAAUUUAUUGACAGCUGCUUAGCAGCAGAAGGAAAGGUACUUGUUCAUGGUAAUGCAGGGAUAUCAAGAAGUGCUGCCUUAGUGAUUGCAUACCUUAUGGAAACAUUCGGGAUAAAAUACAGGGAUGCAUUCACCCAUGUCCAAGAGAGGAGGUUCUGCAUCAACCCCAACGUGGGCUUUGUACAUCAACUACAGGAAUAUGAAGCAAUUUAUCUCGCCAAGUUGACCUUUAAAAUGAUGUCGCCCAUGCAGCUGGGGCGGUCGUUCUCUCUACAGGCUGGGAUGCCCGGGAGUCGGAAACGCAGCCUGGAGGACGACGAGGACUUUGGAGCGAUGCAGGUCACGACGGCACAAAACGGAUGAACGACGCUAACGUUGGGCUGUUUAACGCUAAUCUUAGACUGUGUGACACUUCACUCUUUUUUGUUGUCAUUUUCUUACAUUUUUAAUGGGAUUAAAAAAUGUAAAUAUUUGAAGUUUUUCUAAGGGGGCGGGGCACAGGCGGGAGGGAAACCACUCAUGUCUGAGACAUGUGGUAAACAAAGGCAGGGCAAACUGGUUUCAUUUGGUUUUUGUUUUUUUGAGCUGUAUGCACUGAUGGGAGAUUUUUUGCAGUUUUAUAGUAUUUAAAGCAUUUUGCAUUUGCAGCGGGACAGUAUUGCAAUAAUGCACUUUCAAUACUUGAAUUAGAGUAGACGACUAGAAGAGGUUGUCAAAAGGGAAGGUAGUGGAGGCCUCACUCAGCUGAGGACCCAUUUUCAGGCUUAAAGUGGAGCGGUCACCAACGGACGAAUGAGAACUCACUGCUUAAUAAAAACAAAGUCCUGACUACUG